CACACACACACACACAGUUCAAAUAUCUUACAAUACUAUGACAAAUGCAGCAAGACACCCGGAAUAGAACGAGAUCAUUUCACAGGCUCCUGUACAGAAGGACUUUUCAAGGUGUGCAGACCACCUUCUCCGUCUUUUGCACAGCAACAGGCACAAACAGUGCAUCUGUCCUUGCUGUGACAUGAUGUCAAAUCAAGACAUGAGACAUGAUGCUUGCUGUUCUCCCAACCUCAGGGUCAGUGCCGCCGUACUACAGGGAGGUGUAUCAGGCCAUUAGCGGGCGUGCGGACGAGCGAGUGCAGGUGCAGGUGUUUCAGCGGCUCCUUAGCAGGACAGACCUCCCCAGUGCGGUGCAGUCGCAGAUUGCAGAUCAUGUGGAAAAUAAUGACGGUUUCCUGAGUAAGUUAUCACUGUAUAAAGGCCUGGCAUUGAUCGCCCUAGCUCAACAAGGAAAACAGCCCAGCCCUAAGCUGUUGGAGAAUUGUAUUCAAGAGUUCCCCAAACCCCAACUGGGCGAUCCCAAGGGCCUGCAAUCGCUGAAAAUGCAGCCCGCUCAGGAAGACCCCUUGACUGUUUCGCAGACACUGACCAAGCUCUUAGGAAGGGACACCAUCACGAUAGAGAGUAUUCCCGAGAAGAAGGGCCUCUUCCUGAAACAUGUGGAGUACCAGGUCACCAGCCAGCGCUUCAAAAUCUCAGUGUACCGGCGCUACAGCGACUUUGACGUCUUCCACGAGCUCAUGCUGCAGAGGUUCGCCUACAGGAUGGUGCCUGCCCUGCCACCCAAGAGGAUGCUCAAAGGAGUGUUGACCUCGACGUCGGAGCAGGAGUUCAUCGAGGGUAGGCGGCGUGCCCUGGCGCGCUUUAUCAACCUGGUGGCGCGACACCCGUUCUUCGCCGAUGAUGAGCUCCUGAAGACUUUCCUGACAUUCAACGGUUCGGAUGUUCAAACCAGACUACGUGAUUCCUACAAGAAAAUGGGAGACGAAUUCAUAACAUGCCGGCUUUCAACUGAAGCAAAGGAAUAUCUUCCAGCUGAUAUCCAGGCCCAGUUUGCUUCCAGCAGGCAGCUGAUCAGAAAUAUCCACAGUAGCUUCCAGAAGCUGCGGGACAGAGCGGAGACCAUGGCGGCACGCUCCAAGGAGAACGCCACGGAUCUCCUGAUGUUUGGGAAAGAGCUCAGUACUUUGGGCACAGACAGCGCUCCUCUGCCUCCCCUCGCGUCGUCACAAAGCACGUGGGGAUCCCUCAGACAGUCUAUCAAAGGCCUGUCAGUGGAGUUUGGCUUGCUUGCUGACAAAGCCAUGCAGCAGGGAAGAAGAGAAGAGGAUGACGUGGUGGAAAAAUUGAAUCUCUUUUUGGACUUGCUUCAGUCAUACAAGGACCUGUGUGAGCGUCACGAGAAGGGUGUGCUGCACGAGCACCAGCGUGCGCUGCAGAAGUACAGCGUGAUGAAGAGGCAGAUGAUGAGCGCCGCCGUGCAGCCCAAGGAACAGGUGGCCGUGGAGCAGCUGGAGUCACGCAUCGUACAGCAAGAGAAUGCCAUCCAGACGAUGGAGCUGAGGAACUACUUCUCCCUGUUCUGCCUGCACCAAGAGACUCAGCUGGUGUUCAUAUACCUGCCCAUCACCUCCCACAUCUUGGGUGCCUUCGUCAACUCCCAGGUGCAGGGGCAUCGAGAGAUGGGUGAAGUCUGGAGUGCACUCCACCCCAAGUUGAGCUGCCUGUUUGGGGCCAGCAAUGGCCUGCAGUCCCCACCUCUCUCCCCCAAGUAGGAGGCACAUGGAGAAGUCGUGCCGGCCUGACGUGAUGUGGUUAACGCCGGUAAUCAGGUUGAGCCAGAAAUAUGACUGAAGUGACCUGGUGCUUUCCAGCUUGCACUAUCUUGGGACAGAGAAAGAAACACUACAUUCCUUCAUUCAUGGCCUGUGCCUUGGCUAAGUGAAGUUGAUAACCCCACCACCUGAUGGCUGUGAUCGUGAUCACCGCAGGAUUCCUUGAACAGGGUUUACAGGGAAAUAUGACAGAAGAUUUUUUUCUAACAAAUAAGGAACUACUUUUGUUGGAAGAAUAAAAAGGAAGGAUAUAUUGAAGAAAACAUCAUUCUUGAAUUGUGACUGACCUAUUGUCAAAUUGUUCCCCCAUGCAACAUGAAGGUAAUGGGUUUUUUUCUGUGUGAAAGCUGUUUGCGAUGUCUGAAUUUAAUGUCACACAAAUAUUACUGAUAAGGGAUUGUCACCAGGAUGUUGUUUUCUGAAAAUGUCAUGCCUAUAACACAGAUAUAAUUGAAAUGCUGUUCAGUAUUUUCUAUGUAAAAGUUUCUAAUAUAUGCAUUUGCCAUAAAUAGAUUAAUUGUGUGUACAGCAUAUGUAUAAACAUUUUAUAACAAUACACUAGCACUUGAAGGUGCAAUAUUUUGAAGCCAGAGCUAUAUGAGAGAAGUUUUUUUUGUAACUUUUACCAGAAGAUGGCAGUAGUGUUGAGGCUUCUGAUUUUGUUUUUGCACAAAAACAAAUAAUGUAAAAAUAUUUCUGAUGGCAAAUGAAACAUUCCUUCAAUGUAUGCACAAUCUUUAAUGAACUUGACUUUAACUGAUGAAAGUAUUUGAUUUUGUGGACUUAAAUGACCAUUUGUCGAGUCCUCCGUGUUUCCCAAUUAAUGUACGCAGUGAAGGGACCUGUAGCUUUUCAUUUUGCCUUGUACAUUCCAGCACAUUUCAGUACUGUGAUUGUAGCUGUUUGUGCCUACAGAUUUCAAGCAGUUACUAUUCUAACUUUCCCCUGUCGUAAUAUGCUUGUAAGGUAGUAAGAAAGAGGUCCCUUCAGAGCAGUGUGCCAAAGACCUACACGUAUUUCAGGUAAGAACAGACAGUCACCAGGCCUUAAAAACCAGUGGGAUGCUCAGUUGGAACAUUACUGGUGGACAAUUGGUAAGUUAGGGUUGUUCCCCUGACAUGAAGUGGCAUAUUUAAAAUCAUCUAACUGGCUGGUGACUGGUUCAAAGCAAUGCAUUCUGGAUGUUUUUGUACUAACGUCACCAUACCCAUCUGAACAAGUGAUGCACUAGCAUUGAAUGAGAUUUUUCAAAAGCAUUGUCAUUUCAAGUCUAGAAUGUAUGUUUGCUUCUAUCCAGUUUGUUAAUAGUAAUCUGUUUCAAACAAGCCUAGGAUAAGUUAGUGUGGUGAAGCAGUUUUAACACUUGUAAACAUUCAACACUUGUUGGGGUAUACUAGUCUAGAAAUAUUCACUUCUGGUAAAGCCCUACCACACAUUUGCAUAUUUUUUUGCCACACAACUAACUGCCUUAAAAUCCAACACUGAUUUGUUUUACUAUUAAAGAAUAAGCUGAUAUAGUGGUGAUUGAUUCAUGAAUUUUCAUGACCUUGUAUUCAUCUCAGAACUGUUUGUUUCCUGUCAACUGGAUUAAGUAACCAUUAUGUGCUUUACCCCUUCUGAUGUCAUUGUUACUGCCAAUCGCAAGACACUCCAUUUCAGAGAUAUUCAUAUGGAUGUUUACAAAGUAUUUUUGUGUAUGUGUGUGUGUACUUCAUGAAAUCUAUUUUCUUUGGAUCAAAAUUAAUCUCUAAAUAAAAUGUAUAACUAUGA